GCCAGCUGCUCUUUCGGCCAGGAGAGGGUUGUGCCUAUCUCCAGGUCUUUGUGCUCCUCACUUGCCUUUUCCUUCUCCACGCAUUUUCCGGGAUAACUGUAACUCCAGGCUCACCAUGGAUGCCCUGCAACUGGCAAACUCCGCUUUUGCUGUUGAUCUUUUUAAACAACUGUGUGAAAAGGACCCAGUGGGCAACGUAAUUUUUUCUCCAAUUUGUCUCUCCACCUCUCUAUCACUUGCUCAAGUUGGUGCCAAAGGGGACACAGCAAGUGAAAUUGGACAGGUUCUUCACUUUGAGAAUGUCAAAGAUGUGCCUUUUGGAUUUCAAACAAUAACAUCGGAUGUCAACAAACUCAGUUCCUUUUACUCACUGAAACUAAUCAAGCGGCUGUAUGUAGACAAAUCCCUGAAUCCUUCAACAGAGUUCAUCAGCUGUACUAAGAGACCCUAUGCAAAAGAACUGGAAAUAGUAGACUUCAAAGAUAAAUUGGAAGAAACGAAAGGUCAGAUCAACAAUUCAAUUAAGGAUCUCACAGAUGGCCACUUUGAGAGCAUUUUAGCUGACAACAGUGUGAAUGACCAGACUAAAAUCCUCAUGGUUAAUGCUGCCUACUUUGUUGGAAAGUGGAUGAAGAAAUUUCCUGAGUCGGAAACGAAAGAACAUCCUUUCAGAGUCAACAAGACAGACACCAAACCAGUGCAAAUGAUGAAUCUGGAGGCCACAUUCUGCAUGGGUAACAUCGACAGUAUCAAUGCUAGCAUCAUAGAGCUCCCUUUAGAAAAUAAGCAUCUCAGCAUGGUCAUCAUACUGCCCAAGGACAUAGAGGACGAGUCAACAGGCUUGGAGAAGAUUGAAAAGCAACUCAGCUCAGAGUCGCUGUUGCAGUGGAUGAAUCCCAGCACCAUGGCCAACACCAAAGUCAAACUCUCCAUUCCAAAAUUUAAGGUGGAAAAGAGUAUUGACUCCAAGGCUAGUCUGGAAAACCUAGGGCUGAAAAAUGCCUUUAACGAGGCGACAUCUGAUUUCUCUGGCAUGUCAGAGACCAAGGGAGUGGCCCUGUCAAAUGUUAUUCACAGAGUGUGCUUAGAAAUCACUGAAGAUGGUGGGGAUUCCAUUGAGGUGCCAGGGUCACGUAUCCUGCAGCACAAGGAUGAGUUCAAUGCCGACCACCCAUUUAUUUACAUCAUCAGGCACAACAAAACUCGGAACAUCGUGUUCUUGGGCAAAUUCUGUUCUCCUUAAAUAGCAUAGUCCAAGUUAAGUCCUCUCCACCCCCGACUUUUCUGUGGAUGUAAAUGUCUAUAAAUUCUGCAUCCAGGGAAUCCAUUUCUAAAUAUGAUAAAUUGUUAAUGUUGCUGGAUUGGGAAGCAACCAGUACUUGUCAUAUGUAGCCCUCAUGCUAAUAGGCUCGCCUUUUCCAAUUCUUUUUUCCUCCAUAAAAGACAAUGUCAGAUGCUUUUAAUGGAAAGGAAUCGCCUUAGAGGAAAAAUAUUUAUUCGUUAUUUGCCAAACUAUCCAGAGUGGAAGAAAUAUUAUCUUCCACAAAGAAAAUUCCCAUAAGGAGGAUC